AAAUUCUCAAAUAAUUACCAGGUAUAGGAGUCCCUUAUUUUCUUUUUCCACAGCUCUUUCUUCUGUGUUGAAAAUAUAUAUAUACAUACACGUACAUAUAGAGAUCUGAAAUUCAUCCUUCAUCGAUUCUUUUGGGAUCCCAAGGUAGAUUUCUAUAGUUGAAGAAGCAAUGGCGUUUAGUAUGAAACAGAUGUCUCUGAUUGUGGCAACCUUUGGUAUUCUGUCAUUCAUAGCUGGAGUCAUUGCUGAAAACAAGAAGCCUGCUUCAGGAACUGUCAUAACUGCAAAGGGCUUUGUUAUUUGCAAGUAUCCGUCCGAUCCCACUGUAGUGUUGGGCUACUUGUCCGUUGGAUUCCUUGCCCUCUGUACAGCGUUUGGUUAUUUUUCUCUGUUUUACCCAUACAAAGGGAAGUCAGUUCCACAGGCAGCUUUAUUCCGAAGCACUAGCUUCCUUGUCUUCUUCAAUAUUGCCUUGGGCGUGACUGGAUUAGCUGCAACAAUGUUGUUAUGGCCAACAAUCACAGAGCAGUUUCACCAUGCUCGCAAUAUUCACCACAAUCUUGAAACUCAAUGUCCUACGGCUAAGACUGGACUUCUAGGUGGAGGUGCCUUUCUAUCACUUGAUUCUGCCCUUUUCUGGUUGGUUGCGCUGAUGUUGGCUGACAAUGCCCGGGAGGAUUAUUUUGAAGAAUCAGGCGAUAAAGAUGCAUCCAGUGAACCCAUUAAGGGCAGUGUUUGAGUAGUCUUCUUAUAUAACUUGCAUGUUUAAGCUCGCGGCUUUCACAUUUGUGUAUGGGUACUAAAAAUGAAUCUAUUAUCUGCUUUUCUCCUCUUUGAUGGACAUGGUUUCAGUUACAUUAAUGGAAGUACUAGUUCCACUUUCUCUUUC